UCUUUAAUCUGUCUAAUUUCUAUGCACUUUUUUAAUGAAAUUGACUUAUCAAACUGUCAUUAACUGUCCCAUUUUUUCGAUGGGGGGGACAUUACUGGAAAAAAACUUUGAAAUCCAUCUGCUGCAAUGGCAAAAUACAGAGAUGUGUCACCCAUUCUACAACUUUGGAGGAAUUUUCUGUUUGGGAGAAAACACACCAACUCCCAGAGAUUCAAGGACAAUUUAUCGUCCAGAUCCCCGCCCCCUCCUAGGAUCCCAAAGGGUCCAGCGCACGCGUUGUCGAAAAACUAUUACUACACGAGAGACACUCGAAGAAAAGUUCAACCACCCCAGACCGUCGAACUUCCCAAAAUCAAAAAGAAAGUGCCACAAAUGGAGAAAUCGAAAGAUAAAUGUGGAUGCAGCUUGAAAUGAGAAUGAAGAAAACGAAACAAAUGGGCACAUUUAAAUAUACAUAUUUUAUUUGAAAAUUAAAUAUAAUAAAACUUUUGAGACAAAGCUUAUGUUACAUCAUAUAUCAGUUAUGUAGAAAGAGUUCAAAGGCUGAAAUAAGAAAACUCAAUAAUGGACGUGUACGCAAUGUACAUUUAAAUACAGUUUGUUUCAAAGAAAUCCCUACAGAUCCUCAAACUAGCACCACAAUUAUAUACAUACAAGUGAAAUUCCAAGAAAAC